AGCUGUUGACUCCGCUGUCGACGCCGCAAACGCGACGCUGACGACAGAACAACUGGCACUUUCCAAAGAUGCGAUUGUAUUGCCUGAGCGGUGACUUGGCGAAGCCAUGCUACAUCAUUACCUUCAAGGGACUCCGGAUAAUGCUGGAUUGCGGCCUGACGGAGCAAACUGUCCUCAACUUCCUGCCGUUGCCCUUCGUUCAGAGUUUCAAGCUGUCCAAUUUGCCCAACUUUGUGCCCAGCAGCGACCAUGAUCCCCAAAUGGAUGGUGAGCUCAAGGAGUGCUGUGGUCGAGUGUUUGUGGACUCCGUGCCCGAGUUCAAUUUGCCCAUGGACAAGAUGCUUGAUUUCAGUGAACUGGAUGUUAUACUGAUCUCCAACUAUCUCAACAUGCUGGCACUACCCUACAUAACGGAAAAUACGGGCUUUAAGGGCAAAGUCUAUGCGACGGAGCCAACGCUGCAGAUCGGACGAUUCUUUCUCGAGGAACUCGUGGAUUACAUUGAAGUGUCGCCUAAGGCAUGCACGGCACGUCUGUGGAAGGAGAAGCUGCAUCUGCUGCCCACUCCAUUGAGUGAGGCCUUUCGCGCCAAAAAGUGGCGCACCAUUUUCAGCUUGAAGGAUGUGCAGGGCAGUCUGUCCAAGGUGACCAUCAUGGGCUAUGACGAGAAGCUGGAUAUUCUGGGCGCUUUUAUUGCCACGCCGGUCAGUUCUGGUUACUGCCUGGGCUCCAGCAACUGGGUGCUCAGCACUGCGCAUGAGAAGAUUUGCUAUGUGAGCGGCUCCUCAACACUAACAACACAUCCGCGUCCCAUCAAUCAGUCGGCGCUCAAGCACGCCGAUGUAUUGAUUAUGACUGGACUGACGCAGGCUCCCACUGUGAAUCCAGACACAAAGCUGGGGGAACUCUGCAUGAAUGUGGCACUGACCAUACGUAACAAUGGCUCAGCACUGAUCCCAUGUUAUCCAUCGGGCGUUGUCUAUGAUUUGUUCGAGUGUCUCACUCAAAAUCUGGAGAAUGCUGGUCUCAACAAUGUGCCCAUGUUCUUUAUAUCGCCGGUGGCAGACAGCUCAUUGGCCUACUCCAACAUUCUGGCCGAGUGGUUAAGUUCGGCCAAGCAGAAUAAGGUCUAUCUGCCAGAUGAUCCCUUUCCACACGCCUUCUAUCUGCGCAAUAACAAACUGAAGCACUAUAACCACGUAUUCUCCGAGGGCUUUAGCAAGGAUUUCCGACAGCCCUGUGUUGUGUUCUGUGGUCAUCCCAGUCUGCGUUUUGGCGAUGCCGUGCAUUUCAUAGAAAUGUGGGGAAAUAAUCCGAAUAAUUCGAUUAUAUUCACGGAACCAGACUUCCCAUACCUGCAAGUAUUGGCGCCGUUUCAGCCGCUGGCCAUGAAGGCCUUUUACUGUCCCAUCGACACCUCACUAAACUAUCAGCAGGCCAACAAGCUGAUCAAGGAGCUGAAACCCAAUGUCCUGGUUAUACCGGAGGCGUACACCAAGCCACAUCCUUCGGCACCCAAUCUGUUCAUCGAGCAGCCCGAUAAGAAGAUCAUUACCUUCAAAUGUGGCGAGAUUAUCAGAUUGCCAUUGAAGCGUAAGCUGGACCGCAUCUUUAUUGCCUCGGAGCUGGCACAGAAGAUAUUGGCUCGUGAGGUGGCGGCUGGUGUGUCACUCUCCACGCUUACGGGUGUCCUGCAGGUCAAGGACAAGGUUCACUGCAUACAGCCGUGUGCGGAGACUGUCAAGGAUGAGCCCAACACAAGCAGCUCCAAGGCGCCCUCCAAGGAGGACGUGCUCAAGAAUGUCAAAUAUGAAUAUGGCAGCAUUGAUGUGGACACGCUAAUGAAGCGCUUGGCUCAGGAUGGUUUCUCCAACAUCAAAAUGGACCGCAGUGGCGGCCACCUGACGCUGCAGCUGGUCAACGAGGACACCACCAUCAAGUUUGAGGACAAUGAGACGCACAUCAUUUGCGGUGGCAAACCCACGACGCGCCUUAAACUACGUGACACUCUGCUCAAGUGCUUGCAGAGUUUCUAAGAAUCUAAACAUUUAAAUAUAUAUACAUUUAAUUUCUAUAAAA